AUGCCGCUUAAUUCGAGAGCCGUCUAUUCCCGACAGAACGCUGACUUUGCUCCGUUUUCGAGUCGGAGAAGUACCGUGCAUAGUACAAAUGGCAUUGUCACAUGCACGCAGCCUCUUGCGGCCGCAGCAGGGCAAAAGAUUUUGAGUCAGGGUGGAAAUGCUGCAGAUGCAGCGGUGGCAGUUGCUGCCGCACUGAAUGUCACAGAGCCCUCUUCUACCGGAAUCGGAGGAGAUAUGUUCUGCCUCUACUAUGAUGCGAAGACAAAGAAGAUUAGUUCGCUCAAUGGCUCAGGCCGGUAUCCUUCCAAUGUGACUCUGGACAAGAUCAGAGCAGACCUGAAGGCUGGCCCGGAUGAAGCAGGAGGAAUCCCCAUGAACAGUGUUCUCGCAGUUACAACACCUGGAGCAGCUGCCGGGUGGGUUGACACCGUCGAGAAGUUCGGCAGUGGCAAUGUUUCCUUACAGCAGAUUCUCCAACCAGCCAUUGAUCUUGCAGAGGAAGGCUUUCCUGUAUCCGAAUUAGCAUCAUUUUUCUGGCAAGAAAGUGAGAAUCUCCUCUGGAAAGCAUCUCCAAAUGCGCACGAGAUCCUCAAAGCCGAUUCUAAAGCCAAAGAUGGCUUUAGAAGCCCUCUCCCCGGCGAAAUCCUCAAGAACCCAACAAUGGCACAAACCUUCCGCGCCCUCGCCGCAGAAGGCAAAAAGGGUUUCUACGAAGGCCGCGUAGCUCAGGAAAUCGUCAAAGUCGUCCAAGACCUCGGCGGUUACUUGACCCUCGACGAUCUCAAAUCCCACUCCUCCACUGGCACCCAAGAAACAGAGGCCAUUUCGCUCAAGUUCAGCGGCCAAGACAUCACAAGCAAGCAGACGGCCGGCACAGACGACCCAGACGGCAAGUCCAACCAGGGCGUCGAGAUCUGGGAACACCCUCCCAACGGGCAGGGCAUCGUCGCCCUUAUCGCCCUAGGCAUCCUCCAGGAACUCGAGAAGACAGGCAAAAUUCCCUCCUUCACUGAAUCCCAACACAACAGCGCCGAAUACCUGCACGCCGUCAUCGAAUCCCUCCGCAUCGCCUUCGCAGACGCCUCAUGGUGGGUUACAGACCCCGAUGUGGAAACCGUGCCCACAAAGGACCUCCUCAACCCUUCAUACCUAGCCGAACGCGCCAAACUCUUCAGCCCAACCAAAGCAACCGACAUCCUGGACCACGGCAGCCCCGCCCACAACCACUGCGACACCGUGUACUUCGCCGUAACCGACAAAGCCGGCAACGGCAUCUCCUUCAUAAACUCCAACUACGCCGGGUUCGGAUCCGGCAUUAUCCCCAAGGGGUGCGGGUUCACGCUCCAGAACCGCGGCGCCAAUUUCUCGCUUUCCACGGGCCACCCCAACAUCCUUGCGCCGGGGAAGAGACCCUACCAUACCAUUAUCCCGGCUAUGAUUACCAAUGCCUCGGACGGCAGCCUGCACUCAGUCUACGGGGUCAUGGGUGGCUUCAUGCAGCCGCAGGGCCACGUGCAGGUUCUGUUGAAUAUGCUUGCAUUUAACUACCACCCGCAGGCGGCGCUGGACUCGCCGCGGGUGUGUAUUGCGGCGGGCAACCCGGAGCUGGGGAAGGUGCUGGAUCGCACGGUUUAUGUUGAGGAGGGGAUUAGUGACGAGGCGGUUGAGGGGCUGAAGAAGCUAGGGCAUAAGGUGAAGGUGUUGAAGGGGUGGGAGAGGGGGAUGUUUGGUCGCGGACAGAUUAUUCGGUGCCAUCAUGAUGAUGGGCGGUUGGUGUAUAGUGCCGGGAGUGAUAUGAGGGGCGAUGGGAUGGCGGUUCCGGUUGUUUGA